UCUCAGGCACCACUUUCAACUUCUUUCCUAUUUUAGUCUGAGAGCUGUGAGGAAUGUGCAGACCCUACCAGAGAGCACACACCAACACACUCAAGUCUUUCACACAAACCUGUCGCUCUUCUUUCCUCCUCAGACUUCCACCGGCUGCUGUUCAAUCGGUGACUCUGCAGCAGGAUGUCUUCAACCCCAGAGCCACCCUUCCUCUUCUCCACAUUGCCCUUGUUCCCUUCAUCCACUCCAGUAGUCUCUACUGUGGAACCCAACGGCACCUCUUGCCAUGAGUGGGAGCAGACCCACCACCUGCUCUUCCAUCUGGGGUACUUGUCUCUGCUGCUGGGCCUGAUCAUCCCUACCACCCUGGGUCUGCACAUGAUUCUGCUGCGCCUCCUCCUGAUGACAGGAUGCAGUCUCUUCAUUGCCUGGGCAACAUUGUACAGGUGCAACAUGGAUGUGAUGGUUUGGAAUGUGGUAUUUCUUGUGGUAAACUUCAUGCACUUGUUCUUCCUUCUGUACAAGCGCAGACCGAUUAAGAUCGACAGAGAGCUGCGGUCAGUCUACAAGCGGAUGUUUGAGCCUCUCCACGUGCAGGAGGCUUUGUUUCAGAGGCUCACAGGACAGUUCUGCACCAUUCAGACCCUGAAGAAAGGCCAGGCGUAUGCUGCUGAGGACAAGACCUCUGUGGACGAACGCCUCAGCAUUCUCCUGAAAGGAAAGAUGAAGGUGUCGUACCGGGGCCAUUUCCUUCACAACAUCUAUACCAAUUCAUUCAUCGACUCACCAGAAUUCAGGUCAACUGAGAUGCACAAAGGAGAGAAGUUUCAGGUGACCAUCAUGGCAGAGGAGAACUGCAAAUUCCUGUGUUGGUCUCGAGAGAGGCUCACCUACUUCCUGGAAUCAGACACUUUUUUAAAUGAAGUGUUCAGAUAUCUCAUCGGCAAAGACAUCACCAACAAACUGUACUCUCUGAAUGAUCCAACACUCAGUGACAAGGCAGUGAAGAAGAUGGACCGUCAGCCCAGCCUGUGCUCUCAGCUGUCUAUGAUGCAGAUGAGAAACAGCAUGGCGAGUACCAGCGACACUGAUGACGUACUUAACCAGAUCCUACGUGGAGGAUCGGCUGGGUCAUGUCAAAUAUCACCUGGCACCAAGUCUUCCUCAAAAAUGAAACGUAUAGAAGAAGGCAUGGAAGAUGACGUUUUUGAGGAAUCUGCACAUUCUCACCAUAUGCCCAACACUUUGACUGAUGAGGUGUAGUUGGCAAGGGAAGAAUACACAAGAUCCAUACAUGUUAUGUAAACCUAUUGAGUAACGUAACAGAUCAUGAUCAAUAAAUUGACAUGCUCAUUAUUUAGGCAUUGCCAAAUAUGUUUGUGGUUAUUUCUAAACUGUUAAAAUUGAAUAGUUUAUCCACCGGAGAGCUUGACAAGUUUUUUUUUUUCUCACCGUAAAAUGUAAUUAUAUUUCUUGCCAACAGUUUUUUGAAAACAGUGUCAGCAAAAUGUUUACUUUUAUGUAAAAGAAAACACGCAGCAAUAAAAAAACCUCCAGUGUUGGUCACUACACUGUCAUAAUAUUUUAUGUCAUGAAUUUUAUGAUAGAAUCUUUGUAGUGACAAUUUCUUAUGGAGACAUUUUUUUAAGCACUGUAUUCUUUAGAAAAUGAAAGAGAAACUUGUGCACUUUGUGUGUUUAAUAAGUAUUUGGAGAAAGAUGCCUUAUCCAAAUACUGUUUGCUGUUUGGACUGUUAAAGCUUUAGGAUCAGUUGUCAUUGUGAUUUUAAUGUUGUACCACAAUAAAUGUCUGUGAUCUGUCAUCUCA